AGAAGACAAAUUAUGGUGGCAGAACUUGUCGCCCGUCAGAGUGGAUCGCCCAUCAAUGGUGAGACCGCGUGUUUGAACAGCAACAUGCCGGCCACCCACUCCAUGGCGCAUGCCGGUCACGGUGCCCACGGCGGCCAUGAGGCCCAUGGCCCUAUGCCGCCGUUGACGCACCCCGGGCACCAUGCGGGCCCUCCAUCCAUGCAACAACAGCAACAUCAACAUCAGCCCCAACAGCCUAUGCCGCCGCAGCAGCAACAGCCCCAGCACCAUCACCAUCACCACCAACCCCAGCAGCCACAGACGCAGCAGCAGCAGCAGCAGCAGCAGCAGCAGCAGCAGCAGCAGCAACAGCUUCAUCACCAUGACGCCCAACAGGUGAUACAUCCCGAAAAUUUUCCCCCGAACUUCGACAUCAGAAAAGAGCUAUUUUCUCAGCGCAAGCAACGGGAGUUCAUCCCGGACAACAAGAAGGACGACAGCUACUGGGACCGUAGGCGGCGCAACAACGAAGCAGCCAAGCGGUCCCGCGAAAAGAGGCGUUUCAACGACAUGGUCCUUGAGCAGCGAGUGAUGGAGCUCAGCAAGGAGAAUCACAUUCUGAAGGCGCAGCUGGAGGCGAUCAGAGACAAAUUCGGUAUCUGCGGCGAAUCGGUGAUCAACACGGAGCACGUGCUGGCAGCUUUACCAUCCGAUCCUCCAAUCAGCGUUAAAAGAGCAAAACUACCAGCCUCGGCGGCUCUUCUCUACGCCAGGACACCCAGUCCAGUCCACACAUCGGUAAUCCAUCAACCGGUCAGUGGAGCCAGAUCACCGAGGUCGCCUGCACAGCUAUACGUGCCAGAAACGACAGCUUAUCCUGAAACCGAGAGUUUCCAAUACCCUUAUCCUCAUCCAGCGAUGCACCUAGACACGACAAGUGCAUUGAACCUGUCCCGUGGUAGACGAGCCCAAUCGCCCUUCGAAUUAUCUUCCGGAAGCGGAGACGAGGGUCCCCAGAUGGUGGUCAGCUCGCAGAAUCUAGCAGCUAACAACAGUCUGCCUCACAAGCUGAGGCACAAGUCCCGCAUCGGUGACAAGGAUGCAGCUAGUGCACUGUUGGCGCUUCAGGGUAUCAAACAGGAACCCGGGCCAAGGGCGUCACCGCCAUGGGACAACGAAGGGUCCAGUGACGAACGUGACUCUGGUAUAUCUUUGGGUGCCGAAUGGACUGGUCCGACAGUGUCCGCUGUUCCCGAGAGUGAGAGGGAGGUCAAAUCGAGGCUCGACCGUCUAGCUUCCGAAGUAGCCUCCCUUCAGUCGAUACUUCGUCUUGGAAAGCCAGGAGCGGAGAGUUUGGUCACAGCUCACUCGAUGCCCGUGAGCGGCACCGUCAACGGACCGUGAGACCAGACAGAACGUCCUUUUCUUCGCCAUCGGGUGGACAAGCGAAGAACCGUUUUUCCUGCUCGCGCCGUGCGCGACCCUCUUUGUGAUCCUCGGACAGAUCCAAAAACCCCUGAGCUACGUAGGACACGA